GCCGGCGGAAAAGCGGGAAAAGAUUCGGGAAAAGCAAAGGCAAAGGCCGUGAGCCGAUCGGCCAGAGCUGGACUUCAGUUCCCAGUCGGACGUAUUCACCGUCAUCUGAAGAAUCGGACGACAUCUCACGGUCGUGUGGGCGCCACCGCUGCCGUGUAUUCGGCCGCUAUCCUCGAGUAUCUGACGGCUGAGGUGCUUGAGUUGGCGGGCAAUGCGAGCAAAGACUUGAAGGUGAAGCGCAUUACUCCCCGUCAUCUUCAGCUGGCCAUCAGAGGCGACGAAGAGUUGGAUUCGCUGAUCAAAGCGACCAUCGCUGGCGGAGGUGUGAUCCCUCACAUCCACAAGUCGUUGAUCGGCAAGAAGGGCGCCACCGGACAGAAGCCCACAUAAGAGCCCGUCUCCUGUCCUGUCCUCUCGUCGUUCUCCCGAUUCUCAUCCGAUUUAUUAAUAUUUAAUCAUAUAAUCAAAUGAAACAAACAUUUUAUUCAUGACUUUUUUUUAAACUUUUUCUCUUUUUUAAUGCCAUUUAUUAUAUCAAUAAUAAUAAUUGAAAGCAUUUUUUAAAAAUACAAACAUUUUCAUCGAAAUCUUUGUAAAAGAUUUAUCAAACCAUUUAUAGGAAGCAUUUUUCAUGACUAUUUCAGCAC